AUGUUAGGAUUGUUGAGAAUCCACAGUAUGAGCUGGUUUUUCAUCUCGGUUUUCUGCAUCUUUCUUUUCUGCUCGUGUAGCAACUCUAGCAGUACUGACUCUUUAGAUGUGUUCACUAGAGAUGUGGCCCUGAAGACUCUUGUGCAGCACCGGCCUCACACCGGUGCUGUGUACAAGGCAAUCCUCCCGGCUAACCUAUCCGGCGUGGAAGUCUUUGUUGUGGGGCUUCGAAGCAGGAGGUUGUGGAACAGAGGUGCUGAAAAGCUCAGCUGUUUUCAUAUCCCAUCAAGAACCAAGCCAAUGCCUCAUGUGAAGAGACUGGCUUUGGUGUAUCAAGACUUGGGGAAUCUGUCAUCUCAGUUCUACCAUCAUCCAGGUUACUCAUUUCUCACCUCUGUUGUUGGUUUACUAGUUUACGAUGCAACAGAUACAAGUUCGACAAAUGCAAGAAGGGUUGGUCUAAACACAAUGGGGAAGCCGAUAUUGAUUCAGUUCCCGAAUCUGACAUUGGAGGAACGUUUGAUCUCUAAGGCAAAAUGUGCAUUGUUUGCUGCCAACGGGACAGUUUACCUCAGUGACAUGAGAUCUCCUGGGGUAUGUAACACUAAUGAUGAAGGUCAUUUUUCAAUUGUUGUUCCAGUAAAGAAGAAACCGGAGAUCCUGCGGUAUUCAUGGGUAGUUGCAAUUGUCCUUGGUGUUCUUGUAGCUAUUUUGGGGUGUUAUCUUGGGAUGGUAUGUAUGAGACAUCGAAAGAGGAAGAAGUUUCAAGUAAUGGAAGGACAGGCUGAAGACGAUUCAGUUCUUGAAAAUAGGUGGGUUUGUGGUAGCAAAAUGCCCUCGGGUGGAGUUGUAAGAACUCAGCCAGUUCCUGAGAAUGGUUUUCGACACCUAGCUUCACCUGAUCACUUCAGCUGA